AUGCUAAUGGGAACCACUGUGCAAACACCCAAUUCCUCCGUGAAAUCGUCUUCCCCCAUGGAAGACGACAGCUUCUACUUAACCCGUUGCCGGAGAGAUGCCAACUGCAAGUGCAAAACCUGUGUCGCCAGCAUCAAUGCCACCCUUGAUUUGAUGAGCGCCCAUAGAAGCACGCUCACUAAGCUCUCCUCUUCAAAACCAUCUCCUCCUCAAACCCCGCUUUUCAGCAAUCCUUCAACCCUCUCCACUCCUAUAUCCGAGACUUCUCGUCCCAUGGUAUCUACACCCCUCAGUCCAGCUAUCAGGAAAAGUUUCCGGCAGAAAAUGAACAGUAAAAAGUCAAAACUUGGAUAUGUCUUAAAGAUGAUGAAAUGGGUUCUGAUUCUUUGCUUGAUUGUAAUGGGGACACUAGGGUUUUCUUUUUUAACUUCUAGAGUCAUGAAAACCAAAUUGUCCCCAGAAAUAGUCAGAAACCUGAGUGAGAAAUCAUCCGGACUUCAAGAUGUGAAAGAACGUUUAGUGUUUUUGAAUAAUGAACUACAAAGCUUUAUGGGAGAUGGUGUCUCAGAAGCUAGCUCUACAUAUCCCAAUUGGGAAAUAGUUCAGGAUGGUUUGAUCUGGAGAUCUCGUUGUCAACUCCACAAAUCCUGGAUGGAAGAAGUGAGCAUAUGGGGAUGGCCUUUGCAAACCUCUGGAUUGCUUACAACUGAAUUUGCUUCAAGAUCAUUCACUAUCUUGUCAGGAACAGUUACAGAGUGGUCAAAUGGGGAGUCGAGUCAUUCGAUUCGAAAAGCAAAUACUUCAUGGGAACAAGGAAAAUGGAGUACAUCAUUAUGGCGUUUAGAUCAAAACACAUGGAUCCUCGAGUAUAAACGAAGCUUUAUCUUUGAGAACACAAGACCAUUUCUAUCAACAAUGGAGUUCUUCAAACUCAUGAUGAUGAGAGCAUCUCGAUGCAUGAAGCAGUUAUGUAUGUUUUCUGGUGGCAAUCAUUUAGCUCCCACAUGA